AAUGUUAUAAAUUAUGAUGUGAUUUUCCUUUAAUGUGCUUGCAUAUAAUAAAUUUAUUUAUGAUAAUAAUACACAAAAAAACAAAAUAUAAAAUAUGCUAUGUCGCUAUCUCAUUUGGUGCUGCAUCUGUGUUUUUCCUUAACUUCUCACAAAUGAAAAUAUUUACCUUUUUUGUUAAAAAAAAAAAAAAAAUCAGCGAUUAGAAAUUUGGUUAAUUGACUGAAAAUAAAACUAAGAAAACAACAAAAUUGCAUAGGAAAUAUUGUCGCAAAAAUAUAAUAGCAAAAUUAACAGUAUGAGUCAGCUAGGAACUGUAUAUGCUACAAAAAGACGACGGAGAAAUGGAAAAAGCCUCAAACCACCGCCGAAAGAUGGAGUGACGAAGAGCAAUCCGUCAAAAAGACAUCGUGAAAGGCUUAAUGCCGAAUUAGAUUUGUUAGCGUCAUUAUUGCCAUUCGAGCAAAAUAUUCUUAGCAAAUUGGAUCGCCUUAGUAUACUUAGAUUAUCAGUUAGUUAUUUAAGGACAAAAAGUUAUUUUCAAGUUGUCAUGCAUAAGGAAAAGGAGGAGAGUAGUAUAUUAUCACAUUUAAGUGUACAUGAUGGUUAUAGAAGUCGGGAGCUAGGAGCUUUCGAGCAUAGUUUAUUAGACGGUGAUAUGUUCCUGCAGGCAUUAAAUGGAUUUCUUAUGAUUCUUACGUGCGAAGGAGAAGUAUUCUUUGCUACACAUAGUAUAGAAAGCUAUUUAGGAUUUCAUCAGUCUGAUAUUGUACAUCAAUCAGUGUAUGAGCUUGUUCACUCUGAAGAUCGAGAAGAAUUACAAAGGCAACUGCUAUGGAACUCGUUGUUACCAGCAGAUUUGUCUGGAAUAAGUUUAGCGGAAGCGUUGGGACCAGAAAAAUUACAAAAUUUAGAAAGAAGUUUUACGGUACGUUUCCGUUGCUUAUUGGAUAAUACUUCUGGGUUUUUGAGAUUAGAUAUACGAGGUAGAAUAAAAGUUUUACACGGUCAGAAUCGCAAGACUGAAGACCCGCCUUUAGCUUUAUUUGCAUUUUGUACGCCGUUUGGCCCUCCAAGUUUGUUGGAGUUACCGCAAAAAGAAAAUAUGUUUAAGUCGAAACACAAAUUAGAUUUAUCAUUGGUUUCAAUGGAUCAGAGAGGUAAAUUAGCUUUAGGAUAUUCGGAUGCGGAACUUAUUAACAUGGGCGGUUAUGAUUUAGUGCACUAUGAUGAUUUGGCUUAUGUAGCAAGCGCACAUCAAGAAUUACUAAAAACUGGAGCAUCAGGUAUGAUUGCAUAUCGAUUUCAAAAAAAGGAAGGUGAAUGGCAAUGGCUCCAAACAAGUUCAAGGUUGGUCUACAAAAACUCGAAACCAGAUUUUGUUAUAUGUACGCACCGCCAGUUAAUGGAAGAAGAAGGUAGAGAUUUACUCGGGAAACGUACAAUGGACUUUAAAGUUAGUUAUUUAGAUACCGGUUUAGCAACAACAUAUUUUUCGGAGGCAGAUCAACUAGUUGUUGCGCCUUCGAACUCCCCCAAUGUUCUUCCACCGCCUGUAACACCUCAGCGUCCAAACCGACGAUAUAAAACUCAGUUACGGGAUUUCUUAUCCACUUGUCGCUCUAAGCGUAAAUUACAACAGACACCUGCUUUAGGACAGGUAACUCCACCUGCACCGGUAGUUGAAUAUAUUUCAGACCCAGCAGCGGCUGUAGCUGCGGCUUACUCAAAUCUCAAUCCAAUGUAUACAGCCUCGCCGUAUACUCCAGCAGACAAUCUUUACAUCACACCCUCGGUGCACUCGUCUAAUUUUUAUCCAGUUACAGAAAAUUUAUUCCACCAGUAUAGACUUCCAGGCGUUGGAGGGUAUUAUACCGAUUAUCAUCAUUCAUCAGCCUCAUCUCCAUAUGUUGCGAACGGAUUUUUAUCUUACGAUAGUUAUAGUCUCAAAGAAGAUAAGUGGCAAGAUGCAAACAAAUAUUAUAGUAAUUAUAGUAGUGGUUAUGGAAGUCCAACUUCUACAUCACAGAUUCCUACAAAAACACCAAAGUCAUCACCUCAUAUUAUGGAAAUAGUUUCAUGUUCCUCUAACGAUCCAUCUCCAGUUAAUACUACGCCUAAUAACACGACGUCAGGCUCCAAUGCUACAACUCCCGUAACAACUAUUACACCAAAAAUUGAAAAUUCUCCAACCGAAAAUUAUGAACGUCAAACAGUUCUAAUGUGGGGUACAGCUGGUUCAGUUUCUAAUGAAAGUGGUACAGCUAUUCCUGUUUCCGUAGUUAAUUCCACUACAAGAUCACCAAUACAUACACCAAGCUCUAACGGAGGAUUAUUCACUAAUGAUCAUCAGCAACAAGAAAAGUUAGAAGAUAAUCAUAUGAAAUGGAAUGGCGAUACUACAACCCCUUCAUCCGCCGUAACGAAAGAAAUAGUUGUUUCACCAGAUGGCUCGAUAUAUCAAGUACAUCAUCAUGCAUCCUCCGAAAUGAUUGAUUCUACACCCUUGUAUCCCGGAAAUGCGCAUCAUAUGGCACUCCAUCACAACGGCAAUCAUCAUCAUUCACAAGUUCGUGCAGAUGUUAUAAUGCAAACUGAAAAUAGUUCACAAGCAGUGCAUUCUACACAUCAACAUCAUCAAAGUCAUUCUCAUGGUACUGAUUCCACAACUACACAAAUUUCAGGGCAUUUGUCACAAUCAACUUCGACAAAUCCCUUGGGAAGUAAUAGUAGUUGCGAGGUAUGGAGUCCUGCAACUUACUCGCAAUACCAGUAUUUUAGUUAUCACCAUGCUCCUCAGCACGCAAGCACUCAAUCGUUAUCAGCAGUAGAAAUGCAACAAUCGGAUCAUUAUCAUACCAGACACAACAACAUCAACCACAGCAGCCAACUACGCGGAUCCAUGGAUAUUCUCCAUCAGCAUCUUCCCCAAUCGUCAUCAGUCCUUCAGCAUCAUCAAAGUCCCCUUCAUCCACAUCGGUCGCCGCCAUUGCAUCAUCACCAAUCGUUACCCCAGUCACGCUCAUUACCCCUCACAUCAGCUCAAUCAUUAUCACCACAUCAUCCACCGGUGGUUGCCCCACAGCCAUCAUCGCUGCACCAUCCUCAUGUACAUCGGGAAACAACAACAUCAGUUGCAACGGAACCAUUAAUAACGAUGGGAUCACCUUCCCACCAUCCGCCUGUAGCAGCAACGGCAACCCCAGUAACAGUGGCAUCUGCAGCAGCAACAGCGGGAUUAACCAGCAUCUCACCAGGCGUCGCCAAUCAUUCUCCAAUAUUACCUCUCACACAGCUCUCACAUACGCAUCACCAAAUACGUACAUCGAUCACCAACACCCGGACGGGAGUCCUUUGUUGUCCUUCUCUGAGGUGACAAACACGUUAUUAAAUCAAUGAAAUUUUAGGUAAAGUGAAUAAAUUGGUUUUUAAUGCGAAAAGGAAUGUGGUUGCUUUUAAAAUUGUCGUUAUAAUUAAAUACAUUUACUCUUGAAAUUUCUUUGUGAGAUUUCCAUUGUUCUCUUUAGCUUUAUUUUCACAAUUCAAUUCAUAUGGUUUUUCCUAUAAACUCUAAGAUGUAGUCGUAGAAUUUGUUUUUAAGAGCGUAUCAAAUGGAGAGUAAAAUGUUCCUAAUUAGAAAUCGUUCAUUUCCUUACAUUCGAUUUAAAAGAUAAUUCCCUAAAGGUCUAAUAUAUAACAUAUAAUGAAUAUAAUAUAUACCUGCAUAUAAUGGUAUGAUUGAUUUUAUUGUUUGAUUGACAAUGUUUACGUAAUAUUUUGAUAAAGUUAAAAUAGAUGGUGAAUUUUUGUUCUUUACUGCAGUCCUUAAAAGUACAUGUUUCGAACUUAGACCUAAAAGUUAGUUUUUGAAAACAAAAAAAAAAUGGUUUGGUUUCAAAACGACAAUGUGAUUCAAAAUUUUAUUUUUAGCUUAAAUCCUAACCAGAAAUUCUUAUAAUUUAUUAAUAAAAAAAAUUAAUUUAAUUGUAAUUCAUUUUUUUUAAAUGUAUAAAAAAACAAAUAAUAUUAAUCAACGCUUUGUACUCUGUUAUUUGUACAUGUUAUCAA